GAUCGAGUACAGCUGAUACAACGCGGCGAUAAUCUUGUAGUGCGGUGCGGUUUUAACCUUUGAUUGGAUCUGUGUUGUAAUCAGCGCUCUUCGGGCACUGCAGUUGCGUCUCCACGUGACCACUAGUUCCAGGCGAACCCCCCGCCACGAGGAUAUACCCUAAUCCCGAAAUCAGAGUGCUGUCGCAGGCGCAGGGAAAAUCAAACCUUCCCGCCCUCCUACCGGUUUUGUGGCCACCGCGAAAAUAACUGACCGCGCAAGUUUUCGGGUUUCAAGCAAACGCCUCAAGCACACGCCCCAAUAACUGCUGUCGCCCGCAUCAGCAGAACCAGAAAGAAAUCCGAGCCAGAGCAGAACAGAAGUCGCGCAGAUAUGGCGGAGGCUAAAUCGGAGAAGUCGCCUUUUAUUGGCAAACAGCAGGCGCCGGUGACGUUAAAUCCCUCGUGGGAAUCCAAGUUGCCGCCCCAUGAUUCCAACGGCAAGGGAUCAACGUCGGUGUUGGCGAAACUGGGCCUGCCAGCGCCAAAAGAUAAAUUCCUUAUCGUGUUCUUUAUAUUCCUGCUGCACGGCGUGGGCACGCUGAUGCCAUGGAACAUGUUCAUCACGGCCAAGUCCUAUUUCGAGGACUUCAAGUUCGGACCAAACAACACCGUGGCCACGGAAGUGAGUUACCGCACCCAUUUCAUGCAAAAUAUGGGCUUUGCCUCGCAGAUUCCUAACCUGGUCUUCAACUGGCUGAACAUCUUUGUCAACUUUGGCGGCGACCUGACCACCCGAAUCGUCUACAGCAUCAUCUUCGAAAUGGUCAUUCUGCUGGUUACCAUUAUUUUGGCCAUGCUCGACUCCUCGCAGUGGCCGGGCGUCUUCUUCUGGACCACCAUGGUGUGCAUUGUGUUGUUAAACGUGUGCAACGGCAUCUACCAGAACACCAUAUACGGAAUAGUGGCAUCGUUGCCCAUCAAGUACACAGGCGCCGUCGUCCUGGGCUCCAACAUCAGCGGCUGCUUCACCACCGCCAUGGCCUUGAUAUGCGGUGAGAUCUUCUCGUCCAAGAGGACUUCGGCCAUCUACUACUUCGUGACCGCCAUCCUAGUGCUGCUGCUCUGCUUCGACACGUACUUUGCGCUGCCGCUGAACAAGUUCUUCCGGCACUACGAGACCAUUAGCCGGAGCAGCGAAAAGAAAUCUGAUUCUAAGGCCCAGCUGAACGUGCCUUACUGGCAGAUCUUCAAGAAAGCAGCGCCCCAACUAUUCAACAUCUUCCUCACGUUUUUCGUCACGUUGUCGGUUUUCCCGGCGAUUCAGUCGAACGUGCACCGCUCCGACCCAAAUUUCGUAGUAGGCCCGGACUACUUUACACUGGUCACUUGCUUCGCGACCUUUAACGUCUUCGCAAUGCUGGGCAGUUUAACCACAUCGUGGGUGCAAUGGCCGGGUCCGAGGUUCCUCUGGGUGCCAGUGGUCUUGCGUCUGGCGUUCAUCCCCUUGUUUGUCAUGUGCAACUACGUUCCGCCGGACUCGGUGCGCUCAUUGGCCGUAUUCAUCGAGAACGAUUGGGUGUACUGGGGCAUCGGCAUCGCAAUGGCCUACAGCUCCGGGUAUCUCAGCUCUCUGGGCAUGAUGUACGCCCCGCAGACGGUGCACACCAAAUACCAGACCACUGCCGGAAUGUACGCAGCUGCCAUGCUGAUCACGGGCAUCUUCUCCGGAGUGCUGUUCUCGUAUCUGGGACCAUUUUUCGUCGUGUAGUCUUACAUUUAUUAGUAUGACGCUUACUAACAAUUUUCAUUGUUCAUUGCAUUGCAUUAUUUGACACAUUUUAAAUUUAGUUUUGUGCUCAAUACCAGUUCCGGGACCUGGCCAUUUGGUUUCGUCUUAACCAAUUAAUUAUAUUCUUUUCAUUUAAUAAAGGUUUUACUUUUCAUUUUAAUAAUAUGGUGUCUAAUAUUUCAUAGUUAGACUGCACACACAUAAAUUUAGUUUUGCGCUCAAUUCUAGUUCUAGGACUAAUCAAUCAUUUUAACACGUUUUAUUUAAUAAAGUUUUUCAAUUUGUAUUUUAUUACAUCAACGAAAUAAUACAAAGAUAGUGGUACAAAUUAAAGCAACAAUAUACCUCGCAUCCAUGGGAAAAUUGUGCCGACAAAAAGAGCAAAGGGAACUUGCAGAGUCUGACAAUUGGGUCCUAAUUGAUGUACAUAUAUCUAUCAAUUAGGAGGGGGUCUAACAAGUCAAUGGAAUAUUUGGUUCGUUUUAUCACAGCUUCAUCCGAUUGAAUGAAAUAACAAAGUGGGACAAAUAUGCACGACCAAAGCAUUUAAUCAAUGCACUCUUUUGGUGGCCACCGAAACCGCCCAGCUGAAAUUGUGGACACCCUUGUAAUGAU